GACUAUACCAUUGCCAUACCCGCUCAUUGUAUUUGUCCUAAUUCAUAUAUAUAACGUUCCGAGACAAGAUGUUCUCAUUUAAGCCACAAGAUUCCUCUCUCCCUAACUAUUACUGUAACUGCUGCUUAUAUCGUCGCGACUUCAAAGGACCCCUGUCUCCCCCGAAUGGUCUGUACCAACCUCAUCUCCGGUUCUAGGUGUCAUGGCUGCCUCGAGAGGCUAGUGAGAGUUUCCACCUGUGGUGGGAAGGGUCCGACGCCUACACCCGCAACGCUAGCGAGCGAAAGUUCCGUCUUGGUGGUGGAGGAGCCAGCUUCUCCGAUUCCUCGGCGAUGGCGGCGUCCGGGAGCGGUAUGGCCCAGAAAACCUGGGAAUUGGCCAACAACAUGCAGGAAGCUCAGAGUAUCGAUGAAAUCUACAAAUACGACAAGAAACAGCAGCAAGAAAUCCUGGCGGCGAAGCCCUGGACUAAGGAUCACCAUUACUUUAAGUACUGCAAAAUCUCAGCAUUGGCUCUACUGAAAAUGGUGAUGCAUGCCAGAUCAGGAGGCAACUUGGAAGUGAUGGGUUUGAUGCUAGGAAAGGUGGAUGGUGAAACCAUGAUCAUUAUGGACAGUUUUGCUUUGCCUGUAGAGGGCACUGAAACCCGAGUAAACGCUCAGGCUGCUGCGUAUGAGUACAUGGCCGCAUACAUAGAAAACGCAAAACAGGUUGGCCGCCUUGAAAAUGCAAUUGGCUGGUAUCAUAGCCACCCUGGCUAUGGCUGCUGGCUUUCUGGGAUUGAUGUUAGUACUCAGAUGCUCAAUCAGCAGUUCCAGGAACCAUUUGUAGCAGUGGUGAUUGAUCCAACAAGAACAAUAUCUGCAGGGAAAGUGAAUCUUGGCGCCUUCAGGACAUACCCAAAGGGCUACAAACCUCCUGAUGAAGGACCUUCUGAGUACCAGACUAUUCCACUUAACAAAAUAGAAGACUUUGGUGUGCACUGCAAACAAUAUUAUGCCUUAGAAGUCUCAUAUUUCAAAUCCUCUUUGGAUCGCAAAUUGCUUGAACUUUUGUGGAAUAAAUACUGGGUGAAUACGCUGAGUUCCUCUAGCUUGCUUACUAAUGCAGACUAUACCACUGGUCAGGUCUUUGAUUUGUCUGAAAAGUUAGAGCAGUCAGAAGCCCAGCUGGGACGAGGGAGCUUCAUGUUGGGUUUAGAAACACAUGACCGAAAGUCAGAAGACAAACUUGCCAAAGCUACGAGAGACAGCUGUAAAACUACCAUAGAAGCUAUCCAUGGAUUGAUGUCUCAGGUUAUUAAGGAUAAACUGUUUAAUCAAAUUAACAUCUCUUAAACAGUCACCGAGUAGUACUUUUGCCUGAAAGCCAGUAUGAGAAAAACACUCAAGUAACACUUUAAAACCAGUUACCCAAAAUCUGAUUAGAAGUAUAAGGUGCUCUGAAGUGUCCUGAAUAUUACAUCCUAUAAUAAAACUCUUUAAAAUGAAA